AUGCAAGAGGUCAAGGUCAAACUAAAACUAAAGCUAAAAACUGUUUUCUGUAAGGAAAGACCCUAUUCAGCUCGGAGAGUCCCCGCUAAUUUAUUUAUUCUUCAGAAACGCAAUUUUGAUUCCACAAGCCUAAAAGUAUUACGGGGCAGUCUGAGGGCUCCUUGGAAACACCAGAAGAAAUAUAUAUAUAUGUAUUCAGCGCAAAGUAAACGAACCAAGAUCCCUUGGUCUAACCUACAAACCUACAAUCGCAUAUUUGCAGAAUCUAACCUUGUUAAUCAACAGUCAAGAUAUCAAAGAUUUGAAUAA